AUGAAGCUCCUAGCCUCGAGUCUCAUUUGGCUUGCUGCGUCAAACGUGGUCCAAGCAUUUACCUGGUCGGUGCCUCCGGACAUUGAGGACGGCAUCUACACUAUCGGCUUUCAUGAGGACGAUACGAAUAUGACGAUCCCGCUUAUCCAUCGACGUGGCGACAUAGAACAUCAUGCGGAACUGGAACACCAGGGAGUUAAUACCCUUGCAGCACGCCACUUACCACUCCCAAUCUCAAGGAAAGGGUGCAUCAAGGGAUUUCCCAAGCUAGAUGCCGACGAUUACUAUGCAUCCAAAGUGGCUUUGAACAACUGGUGCAGUCGCGGUAAUACUGCUUUCAGAGCUUAUGCAACGUUGGCUCGCAAGGGCACCGUCUUGGUUUGGAUGUGUAGCUUCGGCUGGUUUGGUUACGAAAGCCCAUGCUCUACUGAUGAGCUUGAUGCGGCCGAGGGGGUUUGGAAUGCGACAUGCGGCCAUGACACCGGGGCCUUUGUCGCCAUGAGGAAAUGGGCCAAGACUUAUGGCCGGUCCCAUAAAGACCUGAACAAGGUCGAAUGCAAGAACUAUUGGUGA